AUGUCCUCAGCACCAACAAAUCAAAGGCCUGAGCCUGAACAAAUUUCAGAUUACUCCUCAGACCAAGAUGUCCAUUCAGAAAAUGAUAUAUUCAAUGAGAAACCCGAGUUGACUAAAGCUGUCAUCAAGAAUUAUUUUGCAACGAGAUUUACUACGUUAUUCGAUUUCCCCAUCUAUCAUUCAGAAUACAGGUGGUAUGAGCUUUUGAAUCCUAUCCCUGGUUUGAGAGAAAUGACAUUGAGAGAUUGGAACUACUACGGAUUGGGAUGGUUUGGUUGGGUUUUGGACGCCAUGGACUUCUUUUGUGUUUCUGUUGCCUUGCCAGAGAUCGCAAAGACAUUGAAUUCAACGGUUAAGGAAAUCUCUUGGGGUGUGACUUUGGUGUUGAUGCUUAGAGCUAUUGGUGCUAUUGCAUUCGGUAUAGCUUCUGACAAGUUCGGUAGGAAGAAGUGUUAUAUUGCCAUUUGUAUUAUGUUCACAGUUGUUGAAAUUGGAACCGGGUUUGUCCAAACUUAUGAGCAAUUCCUUGGAGUACGUGCAAUCUUUGGUAUCUUAAUGGGUAGUAUGUUGCCGGUUUGUAUGGUGACUGCAAUGGAGAGUCAGCCAUUACGUGCAAGAAGUAUUUUAUCAGGAUUGUUUUCACCAGGUUACAGUGCAGGUUACAUUUUUGCUUUGGUAUUUUACAAAGCUUUGGCAAAUACUUACAAACCAGGAGAAGGUUGGAGAGUCUUGUUUUGGUUCAGUGGUGCUUUGAGUAUCCUUUUGAUUAUUUGGAGGUUGUUGGUUCCUGAAUCAUAUGAGUUUUUGGAAAUGCAAGAAAAGAAGAAUAAAAUCAAAGCUGAAAACAAGAAAACUGGUUUCCACAAAUAUUUCAACACUACAAUUGUACAUACUUUGAAAUCGGAGUGGUUGUUGUUUUCAUACCUUUGCCUUGCAUAUGCCGGUUGGAAUUUCAUGGCUCAUGGAACACACGACUUGUAUGUUACUAUGUUGUCAGUUCAAUUUGGAGUCAACAUCACCGACAGAACUAUGAUUGUUGCUUUAUCUAAUUUUAGUGGUCUUGUUGGUGGUGCAUUUGCUGGACCUAUUUCUGAAAUUUUCGGAAGACGUUUCUGUGCAAUCGUUGGUGCAAUCGGUUGUGGUGCGUUAUCUUAUCCGUCGUUCUUCAAUGCUGACAAGAAUUGGCCAGCAUACCUUGUGUUGAUCGGAUUCAUGAACAUUUCUUGGGGUGUAUCAUCAGCUUUUGCGUUAGAGUUGGUCAACAAGGCUCAUAGAACAUUGUUGGUUGGAUUGUCGUAUCAAAUAGGUAACUUGAUCAGUGCUGGUAGUGCUACCAUUCAGGCUCGUCUUGGUGAAAACUACCCAAUUCCAGGUGCUGCUCCUGGUGUUUUCGAUUAUGCUAAAGUUAUGUGUAUAUUCUGUGGUGCCGUGUUCGCAUACAUGGUUCUCAUCUUGGUUGUGGGUCCAGAGAAGUUCCACAGAAAUUUGCGAAUUAAUCCGAAAGAGGUUGCCGCAGUUCGUGAACUUGAAAAUGGCGUGGAGGAGCUGGACACAACUAGCAGCGAGAAGAGAAAGUAG